UUAAGUGUGGAGUAUUUAGUGAUUUAUAACAAAUCCGUAUUAAUGAAUGGUAUUCCAUCGCAACAGCGUAUUCUCCGAAAUACGAAGGCUGUUAAAGGAGAAAAAAAGGAAGGAAAUAGAUGCAAUGGGCAUGGCAGCGAUAUUUGUAUCUGUGUUGUUACUCUCAUUCUCCAUAUCCAGUGGUGAAAUCUCAGGGCAAGUGGGAGUGAACUAUGGGCAAUUAGGGAACAACCUUCCGGCACCGAAAAUGUCAGUGAGUCUGAUAAAGUCGUUGAAGGCGAAGCGAGUGAAAAUAUACGACGCAAACGCGGAAAUCCUGGAAGCGCUUAAGAACACGGGCAUUCAAGUAUCGAUCAUGCUCCCAAACCAACUCGUGCGCAACGUCUCCACCAACCAGACACUCGCGGAUCGGUGGGUAGAGUCCAACGUCCUACCCUUCUACCCUCAAACGCUCAUCCGCUACCUCCUCGUCGGCAACGAACUCAUCACCUCCACAGGAAACGAAACAUGGCCCCACAUCGUUCCAGCAAUGCACAGAAUGAAGCAGUCCCUCACAACCUUCCGUUUGAACAAGGUGAAGGUGGGAACUCCCCUGGCCAUGGACGUGUUGUCGUCGUCGUUUCCCCCCUCAAACGGGACUUUCAGAAACGACAUCGCGUAUAGCGUCAUAAAGCCCAUGCUCCACUUCCUCCACAAAACCCGCUCCUUUUUCUUCCUAGACGUCUACCCGUUUUUCGCCUGGUCUUCGGACCAAACCCACAUUAAUCUCACUUACGCCCUCUUCCACUCCAAAACCAUCACGGUAACGGACCCCUUCACGGCCUUAAACUACACCAACCUAUUCGACCAGAUGCUUGACGCCGUUUAUUUCGCCAUGAAGCGGCUCGGCUACUCCAAAAUUCGGAUCUUCAUCGCGGAAACGGGUUGGCCCAAUGGGGGAGACUUGGACCAACUUGGCGCCAAUGUUCACAACGCUGCCACGUAUAACCGGAACCUAGUUAAGAGACUUACCAGAAAACCGGUUUUCGGAACACCGGCUCGACCGGGUUUGCUUCUCCCGGCUUUUAUAUUUUCACUUUUUAAUGAGAACCUGAAAUCGGGUUUUGGUACGGAGCGACACUUCGGGUUGUUGUACCCCAACGGCUCGAGGGUUUAUGACAUCGAUCUCUCUGGUGAGACGCCGGACUCCGAACUUGCGCCGAUUCCAGCGGCGGUGGAUUAUAAGGGGAAGGCUUGGUGUGUGGUGGCUGAAGGGGCGGAUGUGACGGCGGUUGCGGCGGCGUUGUCGUACGCGUGCUCGCAGGGGAACGGAACCUGUGACCCGAUCCAACCUGGAAAAGCGUGUUUUAAACCCGAUUCAUUGGUGGGUCACGCUAGCUAUGCGUUCAGUGCAUAUUGGGCUCAAUUUAGACGCCUGGGUGGAACUUGCUAUUUCAAUGGGCUUGCGGCCCAAACUGCAAAGGAUCCAAGUUAUGGGUCUUGCAAGUUUCCAAGUGUGACUCUUUGAAGAAGCCCGUGUCAAUCAAACGAACCAGCGAAGUAGUAAUUUAUAGAAAGUGCCGAUCAAAAGAAGAUUUUUUUUUUU